AUGCCCACCGCCAAAUUAUUCAUCUCUCUCCUCUGUUUCUCUCUCCUCACUCUCUCCGUCACCGCCCGCCCCUACGUCCUCGUCCUCUCCCAAGAAGACUUCAAAGACGAACCCCCUUCCGAUCCCGAUUCCUCCCCCGAGUGGGACGAGUUCGGCGACUUCGACUCUCACAAAUCCGAAGAGGAUCUCGACCCUGGAUCAUGGCGCCAAAUCUUCGAACCAACCUCCACCCAACCGCAACCUCAACCUCAAUCCGAUACGGAGGCUCUCUACUACUCCGUCGUGACCAAGCUUAUGACAGGAGACGCGAGGCUAAUCGAAGAAGGCUCUGGUGAGAUUGAGACGGCUGCAGAGUCUGGUUACCCGGCGACACAAUCAGUGUUAGGCUUGGACAAUUGGAGCGUGAAAAAAAAUAAAGAGGAUAAAUUCGGAGGAGUUAUACUAACCGUUCAAAACCCUAUGGAUUCUGAUUCAUUUGCUUCUAAAUUGGAACAUUCAAUGUCUCUAUGGACUCAACAGGGAAAAAAGGGAAUAUGGAUCAAUUUGCCCUUACAGCAUUCUAAUCUUGUUCAUUCUGCUGUCAAGGCUGGAUUUAGGUACCAUCAUGCUGAGUCAGAUUACUUGAUGCUUGUAUAUUGGAUCCCUCAUACCCCUGAUAGCAUUCCUGCAAAUGCUUUACACCGUCUCGGCGUUGGUGCUUUUGUCGUCAAUAACAAAAGAGAGGUGCUUGUGGUUCAGGAAACCAGUGGUAGAUUUGGAGGCACAGGUGUAUGGAAGAUGCCUACUGGAGCUGUUAAUGAAGGCGAGGAUAUUUGUGAUGCUGUAAUUAGAGAAGUGAAGGAAGAGACAGGGGUAGAGACAGAGUUUGUUGAAGUUUUAGCUUUCAGGCAAAGCCAUAAAUCUUUUUUUCAGAAAUCAGACUUGUUCUUUGUUUGCAUGUUGCAACCUCAAUCCUUUGACAUUCAAAGUCAGGCCUCAGAAAUUGAAGCAACUAAGUGGAUGCCUGUUGAAGACUAUGCAGCCCAACCUUUUGUGCAAGAAAACGAGCUCUUUGAUUUUAUUGCGAAAAUAUGCUUAUCGAAGUUGAAUGACAACUACACUGGUUUUUCUAACGUACCUACUACUACAUCUUCUGGCAAAAAAACUUAUCUGUAUUUAAACAAUGAUGCUAUUGGUAGCCACUUGUUAGCUUCCAAAGAGCAAGCUUAG